UCAUCGAUAAUUCAUUUUGAAGGGCUUGAUGAGUUCUCACGCAUGGGAGAACACAGACUAUUACGGACAAUCGAACUUCAUGCGUCCAGUUUCUCUUAGUGAUUCUCGACUCCUUUUGCACUGCUCCGCAGCAGCAGUUCUCGCGCAGCUCUCUAUCCUGCAAGGAUGAAAUGCAUUGCUUGGAAUUUCGCUUCGGAUGGCAACACCGUCAUCUCGCGCUGUCCGAACUGUUGACUGUAUUACGCUCAGGCGCAUGGGCGUUGAGGCUGCGCGUUUCCAAGAGUGUGGUGUGCGAGUGUCUUGACCUUCGUACCUUCAGGUUUCACGUGAGUGUAGAAGAGAUUCAUGGACGUUCCUCUACGAAGGGUGUUCUUGACUGUCAAGCAUAGCCUAGCUAGCUGCGAGUAAACUGAGCUGAUAGCUUUCAUCUAGUGGCUUCCCUGCCUCCUCGCGCAGGUAGAGAGUGUGUGGGAGGACCGAGGAGCGGGGAAUGGCGCAGGGACGAAGACGUGGCCAAGUUCUACUGCACCAAGCACUCGUGGAGGGCAAGUACAAGAGGGUGUUCUCCAUAGGGACCAAGGCAAUCACUACAUACAACCCCAACACUCAUGAAGUCACCAAUCAGUGGUGUUACAAUGAGUUUGUGGGGAUUGCUCCUAGUCCCAAGGCCAGCAAUGAAUUCAUCAUCACCAUGAAGAAAGGAAGGAAGACUCAGCAGAUGACCUUCUCGACUGAGUUCAGACCUGAGGUCCUCACUCGCACUCUGAUGUUCAGUCCGUUGUUCUGUGAGCAACCUCGAAAUGAAACAGACAAGAGGUUUGAUGCAGCCAAGUUCCACUGGGACGAGGCCAAAGUCAAGGUCCUCCUAGUGGUUCGCAGGUACUGUGUAAGCCAGGUGGACAUCACUGGCCACACUCUCACUGACUACAAGUACAAAGACAUCGAGUACAUGGCAAAGGUUCAGGUUACACUAUACUCUCACUGUGUUAUGUCCCUAACUGAUUGGAGAAUGAGUAGACCAAACAACAGUAGUAUGGGUAGAGUGUGACAGAGUGGAGUGUAGCUUGCUAAGAAAACGUAUGGCAGUGUGGAUUGUAGCUUGCUAAGAAAUUGUAUGGCAGUGUGGAUUGUAGCUUGCUAAGAAAUUGUAAUGGCAGUGUGGAGUGAAUGAUGUUCAGAGUGUACUAUAUAUAGUCAUGUGUAAUGGUGUUCAACAGGUUGCAGAUCAUCCGGGAGCCUUUGUUGUGGCUGCUGGCGGAUUUGGACGACUGCACAUGUUCCUGACAGAGCAGAGAGAUGAUGUCAUGAAAGCCAUAAUCCUUGCCUCUCGCAGCAACAUUGGAUACGAGAUAGCUGUUCACAGAGACCUCAUCACACAACAUGACUUCCUGGAGAGGAGACUCGGCAAGUACAGUGAUGAUGACUCCAUUACGUCACUUACAGAGUUCAAAGUUCAGAAACACACUCCUAGAUACCUGGAGCCGGCUCCGAGGAUCCUGGCCCUCUCAGAGAACUGUAUAAUAGAGAGAGACCCCUCCACUUACAUUGUCGUUACCAUACGACCACUCAGUGAGGUGUUUGCUCUGAUUCGCUACACCAAUGAUCCCCAGAGGUUCAGCAUUGAGUACGUCAAUGGCAUCGUCAGGAAAUACAGUGCUACUGAAAGAGAUGCCCUGCUGUGCAGUAUCCUGGAUGGAGUGAGGGCCAGUGGGAACAGAGACAUCUGUGUGAAGAUGACACGCACCAACCGAGGCCAGAGACUGGGGCCACUCCAUCUGCCUGUGGAGGAGGAGGUGGAGAGCCAGUACCUCAAAUACCUCGUCAACACUCCUCCAUCGGUGCAGUUCCAUGAGGCAGUGGAGAAGUUCAACUCCAACGUGGCUUACAGUGGCCUCAAACAUGCCGUGUCUUCUGAGGGUAUAUUUUCAGAGAACAAGGAGAAGCUCAUCAACGGAUCCCUCACCGCACUGCUGAUGAAGGAAGGAGACCAGAAUUCCCUCCCAAAUGACAGACUAGAAGAACAGUUCCAUGCCCUCAGGAGACUAGUGGCAUCCAAGGCUGGCUACGAGGCCUUCACCUCCCUCACCAAUUUCAGGGAGAUAGUUGGGAAGAAGGUGGUUCGAGCCCUCCGCAGGAAGGACGACGGGAUCAGCCAUGCCUGUGUGGACUUCCUGUGUGCCCUCAUGCAGCCCAUGCACGACAACUACGACCUGAGACAGGAGCAGAUGAACAAGUCCUCUCUCCUCUCCAGCAAACCGUUCCUGGAGAUGGUGCUGGAACCUCUCAAGACACACGUGCAACUUGGUACGGGAGCACUGGUAGUCAGCUCCAUCCUCGAUUUCUUCACAUUUGCUGUCUGUCCUCCCUACAGUGAGACAACUGAAGCAGAGAAGUUUGACAUGGUUUUGGAGCUCAUUUCUGGUCUGGGAAGAACAGUGUUCAAACUCUUUCAGCACCCUUCUCUGGCCAUCGUGGAGGCGGCUGGACUCGUCAUGAAGGCCAUCAUUGAGGAGGGGACGCCAGAGAUGGCAAAGAAGAUGCAGGACCUGGCGCUGGCAGAGGGAGCUCUCCCCCGGCACCUCCACACCUCCCUCUUCACCGCUUCCAGUGACAACAGACUCCUCACUCACAGGUCAGAGGUCAAUUCCUGACCACACCCCUCUAUCGACAUGUGUAAAGCGCAAGCUCACAUUGAAGCCCUGGCUUGUACAGGUUAACCAGCUU